AUGGCCAUCCCUUAUGGACCAGGGCCUUCUUUGAAAGGGGUUUGCAGCACUCUUUCAGGUAAAAGGCAACAAGGACAAUGUCUCAGAAUCAUCCUCCAAGUGUCUCCUGCUAGGCUUUACUGCUGCUAUGCAGUUAUUAUCAUCGUCCUCACUGGAGCUGUGAUUGCACUUCCUGUGGCUCUGUCAUUGUCAGCAGGAAAGACAGAACAGGUCUCAAGCAAGAAUACCUAUGCUGUUUGCCCAAGAAAUUGGAUUGGAUUUGGAAAUAAAUGUUUUUAUUUUUCUGAAGACAUGGAAAACUGGACAUUUAGCCAGAACUACUGCAGGGCACUAGAGGCUCAACUUGCUAGAUUUGACAACCAAGAGGAGCUGAAUUUCCUGAAUAGAUACAAGGGGCCAUUUGACCACUGGAUCGGCCUGCACAGAGAGUCAUCACACCACCCUUGGAUGUGGACAGACACCACUGAAUAUAACAACUUGACACUCAUCCGAGGAGAAGGACAACAUGCCUACCUGAGUGACCGAGGGAUCAGCAGUGGCAGGGACUACAUACGUAGGAGGUGGAUUUGUAGCAAGCCCAACAGCUCUGCUUUGCAGUGUCCAGGGAGUCUCAUAGCUUGUGUAGAGAGUGUGUCAAAGUGAUCAUGAGAGAUCUGUAGCAUGUUAUCUACAGUUACAGCUUCAUUUCUUUAUUUUAAAUAAUUAUCAAAAUCAAUUCACAAUCUGUGAUGACAUUAAAGAUGAAAAUUAUCAUAGAUCACUAUUGGUACUUGGGAGACUAUGGGUGAUUCUAAAUUAAAUAAAUGUUUUCGUAUGGGUUGACACUCAUAACUUAAACCUGAAUUACAAUAUCAGUAUUAGUGACAACCACUUUUAUAAACAGACAUGAAAGUUUUUUCAUUAACUCUUCCUUUGAAUGACUGUUACAUUAAAAAAAAAAAAUGAAGGGAAGAGCCAGGCAGUGGUGGCACAUAACUUGAAUCCCAGAACUGGGUGGCAGAGGCAUGCGAAUCUCUGUGAGUUUGAGGCCAGCAUGAUCUACAGACCAAGUGCCAAGACAGGCUUCAAAGCUACACAGAGAAACCUUGCCUCACCUUCCCUGCAAACAAACAAUGAAGGGAGGACAGGAUUGAGUCAAGAUGGGUAAAACACAGGGCUCCUGCAGGGGGCUAGAAAAGAGAGGCAGAGGAGUGGAGUCUCUCACGCACUCUCUCCCCAGUGCCAUGGGUAUCCUGCAGCAGCUACAUCACAGGUCUGCAAUCACCAAGAAGGAACCUCAGACAUGGAUGCCACAGCUGCUGCAACCCAAGCCAGAGCUGGAGUGAGGCCCUGCUGUUAGAAAGUCAGGGAAGAGUGGCAGAGAGAAUGGCUCUAUCUCCAGUAAAUGUGCCCUGGCACAUCUGUAACUUCUGUUAUCAGAACCUUUUAAAAAAUAUUUGAAGAUUGAUUUAAGAUGGUGACUCGUAGGGUGGGUUUUUCUUUCUUUCUUGUUCUCAACCUGGAAUCUCCACUGCUGUGCAACUGCCCUCAGCCUGCAGGUGUGAUGAUCAUACCUAAAGUGCCUUCAUUGAGGGCACAGAGAUGUGCAGAGACCUGGAGCUCCAGUGGAUUCUGUCCCCAGAUACGCUGCCCAGCCAAAAGAUCUUUUUGUCUCUGGUCAACAAGAGCAUAUCCCAGACUGGUGCUAGUGAUAGUGUAUGAUCACCCUGGCUCUGAGCAACAUCAGUAUGUCCGUAAUGGAGACCUGUUCAUUUUUUGCAUUGGGCCUCAAAAAAAAUAGCACUGGCAGCAUGGUAGAUAGCAGGCUGGAUCUCUCACAGGCUCUGCACUUUAAUACACAUCAUGACCACCCUGCUUCUGAGGAAUGCCGGGAUGUCCAAGGAGAGCAGUGUAUUUUCUGGUUUGGGCCAUCUCAAAAGACUUCCAUGGUGUGGGCUGCCACCACAUGCCAUGUUGCUGUACAUGGUGUGUGCCAAAGCAGGGGUUGUGCUGGUACUGUCUCCCUCUACAGGCUGUGUGGAGGCCCCAAAAUGUGAGCCUGUUUCCACCUUGUCUGAUGGUUAGAGAGUUGUAGGUUGCUCAAAGUAGCUGACAAGCAUAUUUACAUGUUCCAACUCAGGAUGUGAUUACUUAAUUGUUUUGACAUUACAAUAGCCCACACAAGUAGGUCCGUUCAAUCCUGACAGGUGGUCAGGAUAUGCAAAUGUACUUCUGCUCCUUCUUUUAUAACUAUGAGGUCACCUGGGCAGUCGCUGUCUUCAGGAUUCAUGGUCUAAGGCAGCUUCACUGCUUAAACUACAAAAUGUUAAUGAUUUGAUGUCUCAAAGUGUUAAAGGAAUUAACUGUUUGAGUUGUCCUUUCUAUCAAGUAUACAAAGUUUUUUGUUACAUUCUCUCUCCACCUCCCUACCCCCAUUUGUAUUGGGUAUAAAAACUUUGGGAAAAAUAAAUGUGGGUUAUUUCAGUAUUCACUGAAAUACC